AUGGCUCGUACCAAACAGACGGCGCGCAAAUCCACGGGCGGUAAAGCACCGAGGAAACAAAUGUUGGCGAAAGCGGCGAAGAAGAGCGCACCUGCCACUGGCGGCGUAAAGAAGCCCCAUCGCUUCAGACCUGGAACCGUUGCGCUGCGUGAAAUUCGUCGCUAUCAGAAGAGCACUGAACUGCUUUUGCGGAAAAUUCCCUUUCAACGCUUGGUGAGGGAAAUCGCUCAAGACUUCAAAACUGAUUUGAGAUUCCAAAGCACUUCCAUCAUGGCACUUCAGGAGGCUUGUGAGACGUAUUUGGUUGGACUUUUCGAAGAUACCAAUUUGUGCGCCAUUCACGCCAAGCGCGUUACUAUUAUGCCGAAAGAUAUGCGAUUGGCACGUCGCGUUCGAGGCGAACGCAAUUAG